AUGAUAAUUUUUAUUCCAGGUAGAGCAGCUUUAAUAUCGAGCCUCACGCGCCAAUCUCCCAGUCAAAAUAUUUCAAAUCGCAAUCGAUUGAUUUCGUCAAGUUCAGCAACUGCCUCGUCGCCGGCGUUUAUUACAAUUGAACCUAGUCAACAGUAUUCAUUCUCAGAUCCGCAUUCUGAACAACCAUCGACUAAUGCUAGUGUAGCAUCGACACCAUCGACAAGUCGUCGCGCAUCGACAUCUGACACCAGUGAAUUACCACAAAGAGAUAGUACUAAAUCUAAUUGUAGUAUAACAGCAUCCAAAAGUUUACUUGAAUGGCAUGAACAGCCAGUAGAUCUCAGCGAACAACCGCCUCUUCCCGAAAGAGGACGCGUUCAUAUUCUUUCACCAAAUACUGACCGAACGGCUGCUCGGUUUUUUGUUGACAAUGACCUAGCAAGUUUGAUGCUGCCAAAUGGAGAAUCGACCACGGAAGAAACUAUAACUAAAACUGAACCCACAACUAAUCCAUCGGAUAACAAUGAGAGUACAUAA